AUGGCCAUGGCAGCACCCACCCACUGGCAUGAUACGAAGCCAAAGGCAUUCAACCAGCCGUCCAAGCCCUCCAGCUCCUCGGAUCCUGAUCUGAUUGAGCAGCUUUUGCAUGUGCAACAGCAAAACCUGAUCCACGGAGGCCUCAUCCUCUGCAAAGGACCGAAAGAGCCAGCGGAGCUGACCGCAUCCCUCCCGGAGGACAGACGACUGGACAGCAGCUGUUUCAAGAUGAAGUGUCACAGGGUCCUGACUUAUCUGAGGAUAUUUGGGACCACCAUGUUUGGCGUGUCCCUCCUGGUGGGUAUUUCCACUGCCUACAUCAUGGGCUACCAGUUCUUCACAACAGCCCACAAUCAUCUCUCAUUUGGCUUGUAUGGUGCCAUCUUGGUCGUCCACCUCAUCAUCCAGAGCUCUUUUGCACUUUUAGAACACCGAAACAUGCGGCGCUCCUUAGAGACGCCGAUCAAACUGAAUAAAUCACUGGCGUUGUGUAUUGCAGCGUAUCAAGAGGACCCAAAUUAUCUGAAAAAAUGUCUGGUGUCUGUGAAGAGGCUGACGUAUCCCGGGAUCAAAGUGAUAAUGGUGAUCGAUGGGAACUCGGACGAUGAUUUGUAUAUGAUGGAGAUUUUUAAAGAAAUCAUGGGAUGGGACAAAUCGGCCACGUUUGUGUGGCGGAGUAACUACCACAGCAGGGACCCCGAAGAAAGCGACGAAGGCUACGCGGAAAGCCUUCAGCAGGUUUCCAGGACUGUACUCAACAACAAGUGUGUGUGCAUCAUGCAGAAGUGGGGAGGAAAGCGAGAGGUCAUGUACACGGCCUUCAAAGCACUGGGGAGAAGCGUGGACUACGUGCAGGUGUGUGACUCUGACACCAUGUUGGAUCCAGCAUCAUCAGUGGAGAUGGUGAAGGUUUUAGAAGAGGACCCCAUGGUGGGAGGCGUUGGAGGAGAUGUGCAGAUCUUGAAUAAAUAUGAGUCAUGGAUCUCCUUCCUGAGCAGUGUCCGGUACUGGAUGGCGUUCAACAUCGAGCGGGCUUGCCAGUCCUACUUCGGCUGUGUUCAGUGCAUCAGCGGCCCUCUGGGAAUGUACCGCAACUCGCUGCUGCACGACUUCGUCGAGGACUGGUACAAUCAGACUUUCAUGGGAUCCCACUGCAGCUUCGGGGAUGACCGUCAUCUCACAAACAGAGUUCUUAGCCUUGGGUAUGCCACCAAAUACACAGCACGGUCCAAGUGUCUCACCGAGACACCCAUCACAUAUUUGCGGUGGCUCAAUCAACAGACCCGGUGGAGUAAGUCUUAUUUCCGAGAAUGGCUGUACAACUCCAUGUGGUUCCACAAGCACCAUCUAUGGAUGACUUACGAAGCCGUGAUAACUGGCUUCUUCCCGUUCUUCCUCAUUGCCACAGCAAUUCAACUCUUCUACCAAGGAAGGCUCUGGAAUAUUUUGCUGUUCCUACUCAUUGUUCAAGCAGUGGCACUGAUUAAGUCUUCCUUCGCCAGCUGCGUCAGAGGCAACAUUGUCAUGGUGUUCAUGUCCUUUUACUCAGUACUGUAUAUGUCAAGCCUGUUGCCUGCAAAAAUGUUUGCCAUAGCAACCAUCAACAAGUCAGGCUGGGGCACCUCUGGGAGGAAAACAAUAGUGACGAACUUCAUCGGCCUGGUACCAAUAUCAGUCUGGUUCACCAUUCUGUUCAUCGGGAUUAUAUACACAAUAAUCCUACAGACGAGAAAACCCUUCCCUGAAUCCGAAAAGAUUGUUCUCAUCAUCGGGGCAGUCGUUUAUGCCAGUUACUGGGUCAUACUGUUGACACUUUAUACCGUGCUCAUAAACAAAUGUGGGAAGAGGAAGAAGGAACCACAUUAUGAUAUGGUGCUGGACGUAUGACCCAAAGACAACAGACGCCAUUUAUCACUGAACUCUGUUGGGUUUUUGUUUACAAAUGUUUUUCAGAUGCAGAAAAUCUCUGGAGGCAAAACUGGUUGAAUUCAACCACAAUGGCCAAAAAAAAAACACAAAAAAAGAACAGGUAGUGGCUGUGAGCGUGGAAUUCAUGAUCUUGGUAUAUCAGUUUGAUAGCUAAUUAAUUCACCUGGAUUACGUAAACCUAAUUUUUAAGUUGGAAAUGAACUAGUGUAUUCUAACUAGCCAGUUUUAGCUCAGAAUGUCAAGAUCACAACUAUUAUAGCAGUUGGCAACAAGAGUCCUAGGCUUUUUAAUACCAGCUACCUCUCACCCUUGUCGUUUCACUGGGCUUCUGUCUGAUAUGAGCAAUGAUUCUAAGCCUUUUCCAUUGGGUUUAACAUCACCAGCAAGACUUUUUUACCUCCAGAGCAUCAUUGUGUCUCCAACAAAUGUUUGUACACCCAAAAUAAAGAGCAACGUUAAUGACCUUCCUAAUGAAUUGCAGUCGCAGGACUGUUUUGACGACUGCACAAGUAGUGGUCGUGGCACUGGAAAAGGGUCUGCCGCCAACCUGGUGUAAAGAGUGUUACUGAAGGUCCCACUCAGCCUUUUUGAGGUUACCUAUUUAACAUAACAUACGAAUGCAAAACUCAACAAAGAAUACUCAGUUUAACAGUGUUUUUGGGGUGAUGAAUCCGCGUAACCUCUCAGUGUUUUAUCCAUUAUGGAAACAGCAACAGUAUCACUAUUAAUAACUGAAGCAUGAAGGGCUUUCAAAUGAAGCGCUGCUUUUUUUGUCUUCUGUCGCACUCAUGUCAUAUUGGAAGGACUCGGUGACCUGUCCACUAACUGUAGCUGCUUCAGGGGGUCAAGGCUUGUCUGAAGUCAAUUUCACGCAGAAUGACACCAGCCACUAUGCUGCUGGAACAACUAGAACCCAACGGUGCUGCUUCUCAAGGCAACAAUAGAAUACAAGUAGGGAGGACUUCUCAUAUGGAGAUAACAGCCACUAAUGACAGGACAGAGGACCAGAUUGUUACAGUCAAGAACAAAUUACAAAUAAAAUGCAAACAUUGUGCGUAGGAACCUUUGGAAAGCAUUACUCACAAUCCACUUCUCCUGACUCAGACUGCUCUCUACUGCAGGAAAGACUCAUAAGUACUUAUUACACUCUUAUCAAAAAUGUUAACAAUCCCUUAGACAUGUUCUCUUUAAAGAUUCAUUCCCUCUUUCAAGUAAAUUAAGAUAUUCUAUCAACACUACAACACUAAUAUAUGACUGUUCAAUAUGAAGAAAGUAGGAACAGAUAGAUAGUGGUAGUAGUUGUUCCAGUGUGACAUGACUGCAGUGUUCUCACGUUUACAAAGUGAAGAAUCUCAAGAUGAUCAAUGGUUGGUGGAUCUAAUCCUUACUUGAUCAGGUUGCUGAACAUGUGAUCACAAGCAAGAGACUGUAUUUUUGCUGCUGUGACUGUUGUCAUUUUUAAGGGGAAACAAUUACUUUUGUUUUGACUCUUGUACUCUUUUUUUUCUCUGAGUUAUAGGUUUUGACACUACUUUUGUUAAUGUUUGGUUUUCGAACCAAUCGAAUGACAACCACCAAGCAGACAAGAGGGCUGUACUCCAUUCCAAAGACUUUACUAUUGAUCCUUGCUCUCUUCCAUUCGUUGCAUACUGUUUAAAGGUUAGUGUGGCUACAUCUGAAUGUGUCCCUGCACUGUGUUAAAUGAUCUGCAGGGGAAGGAGUGACUGUGAAAUGUUUGUGUAUCCGAUGUGGGAAAAGUACUACCUGAAAAUAGGAAUGUGAAUGAGGGCACUUGAUGGAAGGGAACGGCAUUUUGGGAUGAAACAUCACCAGUGUUUGCUUUGGACCAGGAAGAGACGCAAGUUUAAAUAAUACUGAUGCACUUUCAUGUCUCUCCUGUCCUCCAGCGUGAUGCUUGACACAAUCAAGAUGAAAUACCUCAUAGGUUCUCUUUACAUUUCAUCAAGGUUUCAGGAUGCUGUCCAAAAGACUGAUGCAUUCUGAUGGUCUCAAGUAAUUUAUGGUCUGUUUGUGAUGUUGGAUAUUAAACUGUCCUUUUUAUACACAGUUCCCGAUUAAGUGAACGCUGGAUUGUCUUCUCUGCCUUGUCGGCUCUUUGCUGUAGCUGUUUACGUUAUUUUUGCUCUGUACUUCAAUGCAUUCUUACUUCUAGACGUUUUUAUUGUAUUUUUGCUUAUCUACCAAAGAUUUUCCAUUUUUAUUUUCAUCUGUGUUUUUGAAAGAAAAAUGUAUUUGUUGUGCUUUAAACUGUUUUGACAGUGACCAAACAAUGUGAAAGUAUGAGCUGGAGGUUUUGUCUGCAAUUACAACAGUUGAAAUGCAAUUUGUUGGGAUAAGUUAUUGUUUUUGUACUUGGAUAGAAAAGCAUCAUAUUUAUUUAAGACAUUUUGUGAUUUAUAGGAUUCUAUAUGCAAUCCAAGUUUGUCAAGACCCUUAAGAUUCCAUGUCCACACUGCAAAAACCGAAAAAAUACUUUCACCAUCCUAAUUCUUUACUCCUCAGUUUAUGCAGCCUUGUCUUUUGAGUUCCGUUCAUAUUAGAAAACAAAAAAGCCUUCAAUAAAAUCUUCUUUCAAACAUUAUAAAAGAACCCUCUUGCACAAAAAUGUUACUAUCUGCAAAUUAAAUAUGUUAUAUUUAGUUAGCAAAGUGCCUAACAGAAAUGAAACGAAAAGGAGAGUGGCAUUUCCUACAGUUUAAAGAGUUGCUAUUAUUUUAAGGUGUAAUAAAUGACACAUAACUGACCCAUGAGGUGUUUUUUUCCUGUUUUGUUUUUGCAAAACUAAUCAUUAGCAAGCACUUUUGUGUUGUGCCAAAUAAAACACAUGGUUUUAAUGACUCUGUAUCAAGAUAUUUUGUUGAGGUUUGUAACUGUAACAGGAGCAAUCACUGGCUCCUUUUUCAAAUUAUUACUCCAUAAAUAAGAAUCCUCUUUAUUACAUCUGUCUGACUGAGGGAGUUACAUUAUUCAGUAAAACAAAAGCUACUAGUCAAAGAGAUAAAUGUUGGAAUAAGGUUUAAUAUUUAUCCAGGUGUUUACUUUGCUUACAUGAAAAAUUACUUGGGCGAUGUCAUCCGGGCAGAUUGUUGUAAAUCUACUUUUUGAUGAAGAUGAACAUCAGUUAAGAGGCGCAAAUAACAAACAUUAGAAAGUGGAGUCAGAACAAAAACAUGCUUUAAAUGAUCCAAAACGGAAAUCCAUUUUUCCCCAUGUUUGUUUGCUUCAUCACAUUUCAUCAUUUACAUUCCGACCUCAUUUGCUGGCUUCAUCAAUGGAAAUUUCAUUCAGCUUUAUUGAAGCUUCGAAAGACAAACUACAUCCCCUGAUACAUUUUUCCAUUGACAUAACUCUUAAUGUACGCAAGUGAGUAGUACAGGUUCACAAUCAAACUGAUCAAAUAAAGUUGAAUAUCAAA